CCGGCAUUGUGCACGGAGCGCCGCCCCGCACGCCGCCCGCCCCGCCCCGCGCCGCACCUGUGCCGCACGCCCGCCCCACGCCCUGCGCCGCCCCUAAUCGGGCCCCAGCGACAGGCGCCGCGGCCAGUGUCUAGUGAGCGAACAGUGCCCGCACCGCGCCCUAUGGCCCACGGGCCGCCCCGCCGGGCCUGAUGGGCGGGACCGCCGUGCCCACGCCCGCGCUGGCCGCCCUGCUGCUGGCGGGCCUCCUCGCGGGCGUGGGCGGCCAGGACGACGCCUCGCAGGCCGCCCAGCCCGAGUGUGGCUGCGGCGGGAGCGUGGCCGCCGCCGCCGUGGCCGGGGCGCUGGUGGCGGUGGUCCUCGUGGCCCUCGCCUACUGCUGCUGCCGCCGCAGGGCAUCCCCGGCAGAAUCUAAGAGGGACGUAGAGGUCGGAAGAGGCGCCUAUGACAACCCACACUUUCAACACGAUGAUGGUACCACCGAGGCCCAACGCAGUGCCUCGGGACAAGGGGACGGUGCCACUCCUAAUGAUAAGUCCAUGUCAACGCUAGAGAAGCUGGUUCAUGCCGUUCGAACCACUGGCGGACGAAACGCUUCACCAAGACGAACCAGAGAUGACUCCCAGCUGGCGGAGGCGGCGGUGGUGGCGGUGCCGCUGCGGGGCCGUGACUUCACCGGGCUGGGCUUCAACAUCUACGGCAACAUGCGGGACGGCGUCUUCGUCAAGGACGUGCUGCACCGCGGCCCGGCCUCGGAGGGCGGCGCCAUCUCCCCUGGUGACCGCGUGCUGGGCCUGGCGGUGAGCACGGAGCACAUGGUGCACGAGGACGCCCUCACCAUCCUGAGCUACGCCUCGCCCUACCCGGUGCUGCUGCUGCUGGAGAAGGCCGCGCCGGGCACCGCCGCGCCGCGCCCGUCGCCCCACGUGGCCGGCCGCCCCGUGCACCCCUUCUACCGGAGCCAGAGCAUCGACGACUUGGCCAAGAUCGGCAAGGCUGACAUGUCGCGGGUCCGCGCCGCGCGUGUGUCCGGCGCUGUCUCCGGGCUGGACAUUUCCCGACCUGACCUAGUUGGGGGCCUGACCCUGGGGCCGUCCCGCCCUGUAGCGGCGCCUCGCACCACCACCGCCGCCGCCGCCGUGCAGCGCGAGGCGCCGGAGCGCCACUCUGAGCGUGCCAUAGACGUGCCCGGCGCACCCGCGCCCCGCACACGGGACGCGACGGACGCCGCCGAGAAGGCCGACGCGCGGCACAAGUUCGGAAUCAAGGUGCUGCCGGACCUGACGGGCCGCGGCGGCGUGGACCUGGAGGCCGGCGGCGGCGGCGUGGCGAUCGAGGUGGCGGCACCCACGCUGGCGGCGCCGCAGCUCAGCAUCGAGAAGGAGGCGCCGACCGCCCGGGUGGUCGCCGAGGCCCCCGAGGUGGAGGCGCGGCGGCCGGCGGGCGCCAAGUUCGGCAUCAAGCUGCCACAGGUGCAGGCCGGCGGCGGCCUGGGCCUGCAGGGCGGCAAGUUCUCGCACGAGCCCAAGACUGACGACGAGAAGCAGGAGGCCAAGGGCUCCCUGGGGCUGGGCCUCGGCCUGGAGGGGCGCGCGCGCGGCCGCGGCUCAGACUCGGACUCCGCCGAGGACCAGCCCGACGGCACGGCGCGGCCCCGCGGCCUCGACUUCUCCUUGGGCCUGAAGGGCCCCGACCACGACGACGGCCACACGGGCGCCUCGGACGAGGAGAAGGUCAAGUCCAAGCACACGGUGGGCCUGAGCCUCGAGGCCCCCGAGGUGGAGGCCGAUGUGCCGGGGUUGGACUUGAGCGUGAGGGGCCCCGAGGCCGACGCCAGGGGGGCUAAUGAGGGCGACAAGGGCGGCUUCAACCUUAAGUUCAAAAAGCCCGACCUGAGCCUGCCCGAGCUGGGCUGGGGCAAGGCCAAGGCUGGGGGCGGCGAGGCCUCGGCGGGGGCUGACGCUGAGCUGACCGUGCCGUCCGCUGACCUCAGGGCCGAGGCGGAGCUUGACCUGGACGGUCCCGACGCCGGCAAGAGCCACAAAGGGUUCGGGCUGGGCUUCAAGGGCCCGGACAUCAAACUGCCAAGCCUGGGCGUCAAGGGCGAUGCUGAGGGUACGAAGGGCGGGCAGCCGGGCCUGGAGGCGGGCGUGGCGGGGCCCGACGUGAAGCUGCCCUCCGUGGACGUGAGGCUGGGGGGGCAGGACGACAAGGAGAGGGCGUCGGACGAGGAGGACGGCGGCAAGAAGAAGAACAAGAAGGGCAAGAAAGGCUUCAGCUUCGGCUUCAAGACGCCGGACUUCAGCCUGCCCAGCAUGGGCCUGCGCGGCCGCGGCGAUGGCAGCGGCCCGGGCGAGGACAGCACCGACGACGAGGAAAAGAAGGCCAGGAAGGGCGCCAGGCAGGGCGUGGACCUCUCCCUGAAGGCCCCCGGCGUGGACAUUGACGGCCCCAAGAUCGACCUGAAGGCUCCCGAGGCCGAGCUGCGGGCGCCCAGGGUGGACGUGAAGGGCGGCCUCACGACGCCUGACCUCACCACCCACACGCCGGACGUCCACCUCCAGGCGGCCUCGCUGGGCCUUGACGCGCCGCGCCUCGACCUCCAGGGCCGCGCCGAGGCCGAGGCGAUCAACACAGACGUGACGCUUCCCUCCGCGGGCGUCUCGGUGGACCUUCCCGACGCCGAAGAAAACGUUGACUUGAAGCUCAAAGAAAAGGGCAAGAAGGGCUUCAGUUUUGGCUUCAAGGGCCCCGACGUGAGCCUUCCCAGCAUGAGCCUGAAGGGGAAGGGAAAAGGUGACAAGGAGGAGAAGGAAGAGUCGGAUAAUGAACACGACAGUGACAAGGAGAAGAAGAGCAGAAAGGGCUUCGGGUUUGGCUUCAAAGGCCCCGACAUCAACCUGCCCAGCAUGAGCCUCAAGGGGAAGGGGGAGAAGGAUGACAAGGACGACAAGGACGAGUCAGACGAUGACGACGAUGAAAAGAAGAAGAGCAAAAAGGGCUUCAGUUUUGGCUUCAAGGGCCCUGAUGUCAGCCUGCCCGGCGUGAGUGUGAAGGGGAAGGGGGAGAAGGAAGGAAAGGAAGAGGAAUCAGAAGAUGAGGAUGAUAAAGAGAAGAAGAGCAAAAAGGGCUUCAACUUUGGCUUCAAGGGCCCUGAUGUCAGCAUGCCCGGCGUGAGUGUUAAGGGGAAGGGCGGGAAGGAAGACACAGAGCUCUCAGACAGUGAAGACGAGGAAAAGAAGAAGAGCAAAAAGGGCUUCAGUUUUGGCUUCAAGGGCCCUGAUGUCAGCAUGCCCGGCGUGAGUCUGAAGGGGAAGGGCAAAGGUGAUAAAGAGGAGGAGGAAGAGAAGGGCACAGAUGAUGAGGAUGAUAAGGAAAAGAAGAGCAAAAAGGGCUUCAGUUUAGGCUUCAAGGGCCCUGAUGUCAACCUUCCCAGCGUGAGUCUGAAGGGGAAGGGCAAGGGUGAUAAGGAGGAAAAGGAAGAGUCGGAUAUUGAAGACAGUGACAGGGAAAAGAAGAGCAAAAAGGGCUUCGGGUUUGGCUUCAAAGGCCCCGACAUCAACCUCCCCAGCAUGAGUCUGAAGGCCAAGGGCGACCAAAAAGACAAAGAAGCCUCAGACUCAGACGAAGACAAUGAAAAGAAGGGUAAAAAAGGCUUCAGUUUUGGCCUCAGGGGUCCCGAUGUGAGUGUCCCCAGCGUGGACAUCAAGGGUAAGGGCGACAAUGAAGCCAAAGAAGAGAAGGAUGACUCAGACGACGAUGAGAAGAAGAGUAAAAAGGGCUUCGGCUUUGGCUUCAAGGGCCCUGAUGUCAGCCUUCCCAGCGUGAGUCUGAAGGGGAGGGAGAGAGGCGACAAGGGGAAAGAAGAAGAGGAAAGUGAUACUGAGGAUGAAAACAAGGAAAAGAAGAGUAAAAAGGGCUUCAGUUUCGGCUUCAAGGGCCCUGAUGUUAGCGUGCCCAGCGUGAGUCUGAAGGGGAAGAGUGAAAAAGAAGAUGGGAAAGAUAAAGAAAACUCAGACUCAGAAGAUGACGAUGCAAAGAAGAAGGGCAAAAAGGGCUUCAGUUUUGGCUUCAAGGGCCCUGAUGUUAGCGUGCCCAGCGUGAGUCUGAAGGGGAAGAGUGAAAAAGAAGAUAGGAAAGAUAAAGAAGACUCAGAAGAUGACGAUGAAAAGAAGAAGGGCAAAAAGGGCUUCAGUUUUGGCUUCAAGGGCCCUGAUGUCAGCCUUCCCAGCGUGAGUCUAAAGGGCAAAGGCGAACAAGAUGAUAAACAAGACAAGGAUGAGUCAGAUGAUGAUGAGGAGGAUGAAAAGAAGAAGGGCAAAAAGGGCUUCGGGUUUGGCUUCAAGGGCCCCGAUGUCAGCCUUCCCAGCGUGAGUCUGAAGGGGAAGGGCGAGAAGGAAGAGAAGGAGGAAUCAGACGACGACGAUGAGGAAAAGAAGAAGAGCAAAAAGGGCUUCAGUUUUGGCUUCAAGGGCCCCAACGUGAGCCUGCCCAGCGUGGAUGUCAAGGGCAGAGCAAAGGGCGAGAAGGAGAAGGAAGAAGCUGAAUCAGAAGACGAGGACGAGGAGAAGAAGAAGAGAAAGGGCUUUGGUUUUGGCUUCAAAGGCCCUGACAUGAGCUUGCCCAGCGUGGAUAUCAAGGGCAGAGCAAAGGGCGAGAAGGAGAAGGAAGAAGCUGAAUCAGAUGACGAUGAGGAAAAGAAGAAGAGCAAAAAGGGCUUCAGUUUUGGCUUCAAGGGCCCCGACGUGAGCCUGCCCAGCGUGGAUGUCAAGGGCAGAGCAAAGGGCGAGAAGGAGAAGGAAGAAGCUGAAUCAGAUGACGCAGACGAGGAGAAGAAGAAGAGAAAGGGCUUCGGUUUUGGCUUCAAGGGCCCCAACGUGAGCCUGCCCAGCGUGGAUGUCAAGGGCAGAGCAAAGGGCGAGAAGGAGAAGGAAGAAGCUGAAUCAGAAGACGAGGACGAGGAGAAGAAGAAGAGAAAGGGCUUUGGUUUUGGCUUCAAAGGCCCCAACGUGAGCCUGCCCAGCGUGGAUGUCAAGGGCAGAGCAAAGGGCGGGAAGGAGAAUGAAGAAGCUGAAUCAGAUGACGAUGAGGAAAAGAAGAAGAGCAAAAAGGGCUUCAGUUUUGGCUUCAAGGGCCCUGACUUGAGCCUGCCCAGCGUGGAUGUGAAGGGCAGAGCAAAGGGCGGGAAGGAGAAGGAAGAAGCUGAAUCAGAUGACGCAGACGAGGAGAAGAAGAAGAGAAAGGGCUUUGGGCUUGACUUCAAAGGCCCUGAGUUUAACCUGCCCAGCCUCAGCCUCAUGGGGAAGGAGGGGAAGAAGGAGGCGGAGGAGGAAGAUGAGUCAGGUGAUGAGAAGAAGGAAAAGACCAAACGAGGCUUCAGUUUGGGCCUCAAGGCUCCGGACGUAAGCCUCCCUAGCGUCACCCUGAGCCGAAGAGAGGAAGAGGAGGAGAAGGAGAAGAAGGAGAAGGAGAAGAAGGAAAAGGAGGAGAAGGACAAAUUAAAAAGUGGGUUCAACUUCGGCAUCACAACCCCUGACAUCAACCUCCCGAACUUGAGCUUGAGAGCAAAACAAAAGAAGGACGAUGACUCCGAUGAAGAAGCGAAAAGAAGAGGGCUGAGUUUAGGGCUGAAGGGGCCUGAUGUGUGUCUCCCGGGCUUUGGGCUUAUGGGUCAGGGCAAACAGGAAGCAGGAUUGGAUGUUAACGUUUCCCGACCUGAUUUUAAGAUGCCCGAAGUUACGACAUCCUCAGCAGGGAACAUCGGCGUUGAGGGUGACAUCAGAGCCAUCAACAUCCCAGAGAAAGAACUGUCACUCGGUCUUGAAGCUCCUGAGGUCAAGCUUCCUUCUGGCAAACUCGAGGCUUCUGUUGACCGUCCGCAAGGGAAGAUGGGACAAGUUGACCUGACCCUCCCGAAUGCAAGUCUGCCCAGCGUCAGUGUUAAGCGAGGUGACAGUCCCGAGGAGGAGGAGGAGAGGGAAAAGGUUAAAAAGGGCUUCGGUUUUGGCUUCAAGGGCCCAGAUGUCAGCCUUCCCAGUUUUAGCAUGAAGGGGAAGGGAAAAGGUGGUAAAGAGGAGGAGGAGGAAGACACAGAUGAUGAUGAUGAUAACGAAAAGAAGAGCAAAAAGGGCUUCAGCUUUGGCUUCAAGGGCCCUGAUGUCAACCUUCCCAGCGUGAGUCUGAAGGGGAAGGGAAAAGGAGAUAAAGAGGAGAAGGAAGAGUCGGAUAAUGAGGAAGACAGUGACAGGGAAAAGAAGGGCAAAAAGGGCUUCAGCUUUGGCUUCAAGGGCCCCGAUGUCAGCCUUCCCAGCGUGAGUCUGAAGGGGAAGAGUGAGAAAGAUGAUAGGAAAGAUAAAGAAGCCUCAGACUCAGAAGAUGACGAUGAAAAGAAGAAGAGCAAAAAGGGCUUCAGUUUCGGCUUCAAGGGCCCCGAUGUCAGCCUUCCCAGCGUGAGUCUGAAGGGGAAAGGCGAGAAGGAUGACAAGGAAGGAAAGGAAGAGGAAUCAGAAGAUGAGGAUGAUAAAGAGAAGAAGAGCAAAAAGGGCUUCGGGUUUGGCUUCAAGGGCCCUGAUGUCAGCAUGCCCAGCGUGAGUGUGAAGGGGAAGGGCGAGAAGGAAGGAAAGGAAGAGGAAUCAGAAUCAGAAGACGAAGAAAAGAAGAAGAGCAAGAAAGGCUUCAGUUUUGGCCUCAAAGGCCCUGACGUGAGCCUGCCCGGCGUGAGCCUGAAGGGGAAGGGCGAGAAGGAAGACAAGAAAGACAAAGGAGACUCAGACUCAGAAAAUGAAGACGAGGAAAAGAAGAGCAAAAAAGGCUUCGGGUUUGGCCUCAAAGGCCCUGACGUGAGCCUGCCCAGCGUGAGUGUGAAGGGCCAGGCGAAGAGUGACAAGGAGAAGGAGGACUCAGAUGAAGAUGAAGAUGAGGAAAAGAAGAAGGGCAAAAAGGGCUUCAGUUUUGGCUUCAAAGGCCCCGACGUGAGCCUGCCCAGCGUGAACAUAAAGGGCAGGACGAAGGGCGAGAAGGAGGAGAAGGAGGACUCAGAGGAGGAUGACGAGAGGAGCAAAAAGGGCUUUGGUCUGAGCCUGAAAGGUCCUGAGUUUGGGCUGCCCGGCCUGAGCCUGAAGGGCCGCGGGAAGGAGGGGGAGGAGGAGGAGGUCAGGGAGGCAGAGGAGGCCAAGGAGAACGAGAAGAACAAGCGAGGCUUCAGCCUGGGCCUCAAGGGCCCGGACGUGACCAUGCCGAGCCUGAAGCUCAAGGGAGAGAAGGAGGCGCGGGUGGGCUUGGCCGUGGAGGGGCCCGAGGCGCACCUGUCCGCCCUCAGCCUGCGGACGCAGCCCGCCGCCGAGGCGGACGACGAGAAGGCGCGGCGAGGCCUGGCGUGGGGCGUGUCCGGCUCCAGGGUGGCGGCUGGCCUGCGGGAGGACCACGGGAACGAGACGGACGAGGAGAAGGACAAGGGCGCCAAGAAAGGCCUCGUCUUCGGCAUGAAGGCGCCGGACUUGAGCCUGCCGAGCGUCAGCCUGCGAAACAACGGCGAGGAGGGCGGCCCCGGCAAGGCCAAGGCCAGCCUGGGCCUGGGCCUGAAGGGGCCGGAGGUGACGCCGCCCGGCCUCAGCCUGAGGGCCCGCGCCGACCCCCCCGAGCGAGGCCGCGACAGCGAGGACGAGGCCGGCGGCGGCGGACGAGGCCUCGGCGUGAGCGUGGCGGCGCCGCGGCUCAGCCUGGCUCACCGGCUGGAGGCGGCCGCGGCGGACCUGAGCCUCGAGGGCCAGGACGCCGAGCUGGAGUGUGACCUGCCCGAGGCUGACAUUGACCUCAAGAAGGCCAAGAUCGACCUCCCCGAAGUUGACCUCCAGGCGGGCGUUCUGGAGGGCGAGGCCUCCGCGCGGGCCUCCGGCGUGGAGACAGAGAGCUCGCGCCUCUCGCCGGGCUUCGGCAUGGCCUUCGGCUUCAAGGGCUUCAAGAAGCACAUCGGCCUCGACGCGCGCGACGCCAGCCUGCCGGAAGUGGAGGCGGCGGCGGAGGGCCUGAAGCCGGGCGUGGAGGUAUCGGUGGAGGCGCCCACGCCCGCCGCCAGGGCGUCCCUGGAGGCCAAGGCGUCGGGCGUUACCGCCGUCGAGGUGCCGAUCAAGGUGAAGGCGACGGCGCCCGCCAUCCCCGCGGCAGCGCUGGAGGUGGAGGCCGAGAAGGCCAAGGCCAAGGCCAAGGCCAGGGACGACGAGGACGACGAGAAGGCCAAGGUGAAGCACAAGUUCGGCCUCGGCUUCGGGUUCCGGCGGUCCUCGGACAGCGAGGAGGACGCGCGGGAGCCCACGUCCCUGACGCCGGACCCGGACCGCGGCGCCGCGCGGGACGACAAGAAGAAGGGCCGCGGCAAGAUGAGCUUCGGCUUCCGCGGGUUCUCGCGCUCCUCCGACACCGAGGAGGAGCACCACCCGCCCGAGCGGCCGCCGGAGGAGGCCGAGGACGAACGGGCGCGGCCCCGCGUCAAGGGCGGCCUCAGCUUCGGCUUCAAGGGGCGGGGCGGCCGCAGCUCAGACUCCGAGGACAGCAUCGACCACCAGCAGCAGCAGCAGCACGGCCGCGUGGACACCGAUCCCCAGGCCGAGGCGGCGCCCGCCAAGCACAAGGUCAAGCCCAGCCGCAGCUUCGGCUUCAAGAGCAAGAGCAAGAGCUACGACAUGGAGGGCGGCGAGGCCGAGGCCGACCUGCCGCGUCGGGAGGCCGAGGCCGAGGAGGAGGUGAAGGUCAAGACGAAGUCUAGCCUCAACUUUGGGCUGCGAGGCUUCGGCAAGACGGAGGCCAAGUACGAGCUGAAGAGCGACUCCGAGGCCGGCGAGGCCGACGAGGCCGCCGCGCGCGCCCGCCAGCAGCAGCAGCAGCAGAAGGGCCGCGGCUUCGCCUUCCGCAGCCGCAGCGGCCGCAGCACCUCGGACUCUGAAGGCCCCGAGACGGAGGAGCGCGUGGAGCUGGACACGCGCGGGGCCGAGGACAAGACGAAGGAGAGCAAGAGCAAGGGCCUGAGGCUGGGCUUCAAGGGCUUCAAGAACCUGAAGGGCAAGAUCCAGACGGAGAUCAACCGCAUGCGGCACGAUAGCCACUCCAGCGAGGACGAGGCCGUGCGCGACACCCCCGACCCCGAGGCCGCCGAGGCCAAGCGGAAGAAGAACCCCAAGAAGAAGAAGGACAAGGAGAAGAAGGCCAAGAAGGAGGACGAGGACGCCCACAACACGUCCGAGGAGACCGCCAUGGCGCUGGCCGCCGCCGCCGCCGCCAAGGACAACCGCAGGAAGCGGCCGGAGAAGGCCGUCCGCUCCUCCUCCCCGUCCUCCUCCUCCUCCAGCUCGUCCUCCAGCUCCGACGAGGACGACGAGCACCGGCCGGAGGGGAAGAAGAGGAAGCGGGGCCGCAGUCGGGGCCGCGCCGUGGCCACGGGCGUGACGGAGGUGAUGGUGACGGAGCAGCCCGUGGACGUGGAGGUGGUGGAGGUGGUGGAGGCCACGACGCGCCGCGUGGACGUGGCCAUGCCGCGCCUCCAGCAGAUCGACGUGGACUCCGCGCCCUACAAGCGGCGCGCCCCGCAGCCCCCCGCCACCGAGGCCGCCGCCGCUGUGACCCCCGCCAGCGUGGUGGUGAGGGCGGUGCAGCUCAAGAGCGCCGCGCCGCCGCCGCCGCGCGAGGGCAACGUGGAGGAGCGCGUGGAGGUGGUGGAGGUGGUGGAGCGCACGGUGGUGACGCGCCGUGUGCAAUCGCCGCCCGUGCUGCCCGACGCGGCCUCGCUGGCCUCGGACAGUGACGGGGAGCGGGAGGUGGUGCGCGGCGCCGCCCUCGUCGCCUCCACGCCCAAGCGGCCCACGGACUCCGAGGAGAUGAAGCGCAAGGCGGCCUCGCUGGGCGACCUGUCCCGCCUGCAGGCCGAGCCUGACCCCGUCAGCCUGCUGCUGGAGCGCGCCGUGUCCCUGGACCUGACGCGCACGCCCGCGCACCAGCCCGCCCUGCACCGCCCGCACCGCCUCACGCUGCCCGACUCCUCCGCCACCUCCAUCGAGGAGGAGGGCGGCGGCGCGGGGCUGCGCGAGGGCGGCGGCGCCGGGAUGCGGCGCGCCGAGCAGUGGGGCACCCUGGAGCAGGCGCUGCUGUUCCGGCGCGUCAGCGAGUCCAGCCUGGCUGAGGCCGUGUCGCCGCGCGUGUCCCGCCUUGGCGGGGACGCCGACGGCCACCACGAGGGCGAGUCCGUGUCCCACAUCGAGAUCAGCGGCUUGACCUCCGUGACGGACGUGUCCAGCCAGUGGGUGACGGCCAGCGAGUCCUUGGCCAGCGGCGUCACGCUGAGCCACAACGCCAGGGGCGAGGAGCUCGACGACCCGCCGGCCCUGCCCGCCACGCCGCCGCCCGCGACGGGCGGCACGACCAUCACGCUGCUGGACGGCGACGCCACCAUCACCGAGGCGCUGCAGCCAACCCGCGCCGAGGAGCACGUGGUGGUGGUGCAGGGGCGCGGCGCCCCCGCCGAGGAGCGGCACCUUGUGAGCAGCUUCAGCGUGCAGCUGCGGCAGGCGGGCAUCCCCCCGCGGCCUGUGGCCAGCAGCAGCUGCAGCAGCAGCCGCAGCAGCCUGAGCAGCGACAGCGAGCUGGAGGGCGGCGCCGUGGGCGAGGGCGUCACGGUGACGGUGUCGCCGCAGCUCAGCAGUCUGGACGUGGGCGGCGGCAGCCCGCCCGCCUCCUCCCCGUCCGUGCCACCGCCCGUGCCGCCCAAGCCCCGCCCCCGCACCGCCUCGCCGCCCAAGGUGGCGGUGUCGCGCCACGAGGCGGCGCUGGUCACGGUGCGGGAGAACGGCGCCGUGGUGGUGAGCACCGAGGGCGGCGGUGUGGGCGUGGUAGAGGGCGGCGCGGCGGACACCGUCACCAUCGACACGGUGGAGGUGGGCGGCGACACCAUCCUGCUGACCGGCGGCGAGAACGGCGGCGGCGGCGGCGGGCUGUCCCCCACCCUGGUGCUGGAGCGCGCCGCGCUGCCGCAGAAGUCCCUGACGCAGAUCACGGUGGACGGCGGCCGCUACAUCCUCAACGAGGGCGGCCUCAGCCAGACGCUCAUCAUCUCCACGCCCUCACGCCUCCAGGCCUCACCCCCGGGCCCCGACUCGCCCCCGCCCACUCUGCAGCCCCCGCAGUAGCCCCCCCCACCACGCCGCCCAGCGCCUCGCCGCGUGUGGGCGGCAGGCUCAGCAUUUAUGGACCCCCCCUGUGGUUCCCCCUCGGCCCCCCGCGCUCCCCUUUCCUCUCCUCUCUAGAAGUGUUCAAAGUUUAUACUUUUUAUACCUUACACUCCCGCCGCCGCCGCCGCCGUGCGUGGGCGUCCGCGCGCCGCCCCGCGAACAGUUGUUAGUAUUUUUAUAUUUUAUCUUUGUAUAUUGGUUGACGGUGUUUGGUGUACCUUGUGUAUUUAAUAGUCCAAGUCUAUAUUUGGGUGUAUAUAAGAUGUACUAAUAAUAGCGUAGCCACCUUGUGUAAGCGUAACAACGAGUCGACCUAACACUGGGCCGUCCUGGGCGGCGGCGCGGCGGCGGCGGCGGCGGGCGGCUCUCUUGGUCAUCUUGCAGGUCAACAGCACCACACAGUGACACACACACACACACACACACACACACACACACACACACACACACACACCAGCGGGCCACCCCAGCCUGGUGCCGAGCCGCCGGGCCUUGAGACUCGUGCCUUACAACCCGCGCCACACAGCCCGCCCCGCCUGGACCUGUAGCCUCCGCGCUCCCCGCCCCGUCCUCUUCUGCAGGGUCAGUGUUUGGGACCUCCGGCUAUUCGAUCCCCCCCUCUCCCCACCUACACACACACACACACACACACACACACGCGCGCGGUAGGUCAGUCACGCCGUCCGUCCGUCCGUCCGCCCGUCCGCGCCCCGCCCUGUGAUACGGUUCUUCGCAGCGCUCAAGUGCCAUUAGCAAUAGAUCACUAAAGAAGAGAACACGACGAAAACGAUGUAGUAGAGACCGCGCGUCACUUAGAAACCCCGACCCAGUAAUAUCUCCCCCUUCACUUAAUACCCUUUCCUUCCUUUCCCUCCCUCAUGUCUUUAACUUAGGCACUGAAAAACGUUCGUAAGAGGACCCACAAACGUUUGACAAUGCGAGUGUUUGUUACUUCUGACCUUCCUUCCUUCCCGCCUUCCUUCCUUCCCGCCUUCCUCCCUUCCCGCCUUCCUUCCUUCCCGCCUUCCUCCCUUCCCGCCUUCCUCCCUUCCCGCCUUCCUUCCUUCCCGCCUUCCUCCAGCCCUCCCCUUCCCGUCCCUUCAGUAUUAAACCCUUUUCUCAUCUUUAUGUUCAAAAUGAUUAACCUUCGCUGUGAUACCUUCAAACGAUUGUACGAAAGCUCAAAGGUAGUCGAUGUUGGACGAAGAAUAAGUAGUAGAUGUUGUAGUGUUUUCAUAUUAGCGAACGAAACAGCGUAAAUAACGAAAGUAGAUGCUGGAGAAAGAUGUAAGUAGAUGCUAUAGGUACAUAAACACAUUUUUUUAUAUUAGAGAACGAAAGGAAAACGGUAAAUAAUGAGUACUUCUUGAUUUUUAUAUAUUUUACGCGUUUUACCUCAAUAUUUUUCGAUCUGAAUUUACAUAUAUAUUUUUUUCCUUCGUAUAUGUCGAAUUUAUUUUGCGUAUCUUAUUCAGUAUACUAAAAAAUGUUGACAAUUUAACUUUUUACAUUUAACACAUUUGUUUUUUUCGUCAAUUUCCGUUUUUUCUGCGUAUAUUAAGUUUAUUUUGCGUAUUUUAUUCAGAAUCCCCCAAAAGGUUGAUAAUUUAACUUUUUGACAUUUUACGCAUUUGUGUUUUUCGCCAAUUUCCGCUUUUUUUCUGCGUAUAUCAAAUUUAUUUUCCAUAUAUUAUUCAGAACACAAAAAAGGUUGACAAUUUUAACUUUUUUAAUUAUAUGUAUUUGGCAUUUCGUUUUUAUUGCUUUUUCGUCUAAAUUUCCGUUUUUUUUUCGUUUAUAUGAAGUUUAUUUUGCAUAUUUUAUUCAGAACCCAAAAAAGGUUGACAAUUUAACUUAUUUGAUCAUGUAUUUUACGCGUUUUAUUUAUUUUUUUGAAAUUCCUAUACUUUUUAGAGUAUGUCAGAUUUACUUAGUAUAUUUUAUUUUGAACAAAAGGUCUGCAAUUUGACUUCCAGAAUCAUAUAAUUUUUUUUUAGUCAAAUUCUCUUGUUUUAUUUUCGUUUUUGCUAGAUUUAUUUCGCGUAUUUACCAUUACAAUUUAACUUCCCGAAUCAUAUAUUUUACGCGCUUUUUAAAACAAUUUCUCGUAUAUAAAAAAAAAACUUAAAUUCCAGAUGUACUUUGCAUAUAUACCGUUUACAAUUUAACUUCCCGAAUCAUAUAUUUUACGCGCUUUUUACAACAAUUUCUCGUCAACAUAAAAAAAAUUCCUCGAUUCCAGAUGUAUUACGCAUAUUUAAAUCAAUCAAUCACCACUUACAAUCUAUCUUCCAGAAUCAUAUAGUUUACGCGCUUUUUACAACAAUUUCUCGUCUAUAUAAAAAAAGUUCUUCGAUUCUCACGUCUAUAGUUUUCGCCAUAGUCCUUAUUGUAGCAGAUUAUUCUUGUAUUUUCGGUGCAGACUCGAACGCACCAUCAUCGCAAUCAUCAGCAAAGGUUGUCCGAGGCAGUAUUCUUGCAGGGGAACACAGGUAACACAAGCUUUAAUUAAACAAAAAAAAAAUACCUUCUUUUUAAUAAUUAUCAAUGACUUCCAUAAGCAAACAUAUCAACCCGACCCCGAGUGUGUUUUCAACGGGACCAAGUGAAGCUUUACACGCACAGGAACUGGUGUUUUUUGGGUGUUUUUUGGUGUUUUUUUAAGUUUUGUUUCGCUUUUUUUUUCGAUUUUCCAAUUUUGUUAUUUUUUUAUAUUUUGUCAUGCCAGAAAAACCAACUCGUCUUUUUUACAUUAUUUGGGUUUUUAUUUCGUUGUUUUUUUACGGUUUUCUGUUUUAUUAUUGUCAGGAAAAUGUAAAUCAACUUGCCUUUUUUUUAUUUUUUAGUUUGUCUUCGUUUUUUUCCGUUUUCUGUUUUAUUAUUAGUCAGAAUAUGCAUCCAAAUUUGUCUUUUUUUAAUAUUCUUUGUCUAGUUUCAUUUUAUCUAUUUUUGGUUUUCUACUGUAUAUUUUUUUUGUCCUACGGAAAUUCAUAUCAAACUGUCUUUAUUUUUUGUAAUGUAUUCGUUUUUUCAAUUCUCCAUUCUAUUAAUUUUUUAGUCAUACGAAAAUUCACACAAAUACGUCUUCUCAAUAUUUAUUUUUGAGUUUCAUUUCGUCUUUUUCCAAUUUUUAGGUCACACAAACUUGUCUACUUUUAUAAUCAUUGUUCGUCUAAUGAUAUUCAGAUUUUUAGGUUUUUCAUUUAUAUUUAAUCAUACAAACUUGUGUUCUUGGAUACAUUUUUUGAGUAUUUUAUUUUUUGUCCGUUUUUUUCCAUAUUUUUCGUCAUAUUUUUCACGGGUGGUUCUCAAAGCUAACACCGGGCAGAUGGCGCCGCUGUCUAUCGUCCUUUCCCUCUGUAACAAGCCACUUAACCCCAGACAGAAGGAUUGAUAACAGGGAACCGUCUUUAUCAUUAGCUUCCAGAGUCACCCAACGGCCUGAAUAUUUAGUUAUCUCGAAGGAAUUGUUUAGUAAUCCCUGACGCCCCGAGAGACAGCGUUCAAGAAGGAUUGGAGAGUUUUUACUUAAGCCAUUCCACGUUAAUUAUCAAUAUAGGUGCUGACUAACAUUUGUCGUAUAGAUAUAUAUAAAUAGAUAUGUAUGUAUGUAUUAAGUUUACUGUUAUUUCUGUAUCUGUUUAUCUCCUUCCUCCUCCUUCUCUUUCUUCUUCUCUAUUUUCUUUUUCCAGUGUUUUUCUUUCUAUAAUGUCUAUAUAUAUAAAGGAGUGAACCCAAUACAAAAUCUCGGUUGUGUAGUAUUUUUAAUUAAUGCACUAUGCUUAACUUUAUUUUCCCCCCUCUGUAAUAAAGUUAUCAAGAUA